AUAUCCCGACGUUUCGUCUGGUUUCGUUUCAUUCAACAUUCGUCGAGUUUUCUUCCUUACCUGUCAGAGGAAAUAAGUGGUCCCCCGCACGCGUGUACCAUGCCUAUCGAGCAGUGUCGCCUGGAAUUCGAACGGUGUGACAGUGAAAUGUACGUGUAGUAGGGAAUAUGUAAACGUAUGCUAUGCAAAGAAACCGGUGACACGUUCUACGUGUGAAGGAUUUUAACGACCGAACGAGCAGUGUCUUUUUUAGACACGUAAGCUUUAGAAAGCCGCUAUAUUCACCCAUUAGUGUGACUUUAUCGACUCAGUCGGUUGCCGGUCUUCCCGGAAUCGAACGUUAUCGCGGCUUCCCGCGAUUUAUUCGUUCGAGCGGAAGGUGUGGCGCGAAAAGUACGGUGCACCGAUAAAAGAGAGCAGGACGAGCGAAUAUCAUCACGUUUCACUCACGGAUUUGUUCCAUUUUUUACGAUGUUCAAGGUUAAGGAAACCCCUUGCUCGUUCACGCCGAUGUUGCCGUGAGGUCGACCGACAAAGAGGAAGCUUUUGCCUUCGAGCGACCAGUGCGUCUCGCCGGUGCGAGAGGAUAGAGGAUAAAAUAACACCGGCAAAAUGUUGAUAAAAGAAUAUCGAAUACCGCUGCCUCUGACCGUAGAGGAGUAUAAAAUUGCUCAGCUUUACAUGAUAGCGAAAAAAUCACGGGAAGAGAGUCAAGGAGCAGGCAGCGGUGUAGAGAUCAUAAUGAACGAGCCUUACAGUAAUGGUCCUGGUGGAAACGGACAAUACACUCACAAAGUGUAUCACGUGGGCAGUCAUCUUCCUGGAUGGUUCAAAAGUUUGCUACCCAGGUCGGCGUUGAUUGUGAAAGAAGAAGCAUGGAAUGCAUAUCCCUAUACGAAAACCCUUUUCACCUGUCCCUUCGUUGAAAAAUUCUCCAUCGAAAUAGAAACGUAUUAUUUCCCUGACAAUGGUUACCAGGAGAACGUGUUCCAACUGAGCCGUAGCGAUCUAAAGAACAGAACCGUGGACGUAAUUGACAUCGUGAAGGAUCAAUACACAGCCGACUACGUGAAAGAGGAGGAUCCUAAAUUGUACGUGUCCCAGAAAACCAACCGAGGACCUCUGACGGAAUCAUGGUUGGAGGAGUACUGGGCCGACGUAAAAGGAAAGCAACAGCCGACGCCAUCCGGAAAGUCGUUAAUGUGCGCGUACAAGCUAUGCCGCGUAGAGUUCCGUUAUUGGGGCCUUCAAACGAAAUUAGAAAAGUUCAUACAUGACGUAGCUUUGCGGAAAACAAUGGUCAGAGCUCAUAGGCAAGCCUGGGCCUGGCAGGACGAAUGGAACAGCUUGACUAUGGAGGAUAUUCGGGAGAUCGAGAGGCAAACGCAACUGGCGCUGCAACGAAGAAUGGCGAACGCGGAAAACGGAGAGGAAGCUGCGAACGAGAACCAGGAAGAAGCUGCUAAUAAUUCAACGAUGACUCCGCAGGAGUCAGAUGUCGCUAUGACUUUAGCCGCGACACUGGGUAGCAUCGAGAAGAACGAGGAUCUUCAGAGUCCACCGAGUGUCAGGAAAGCUGAGAUGACGAGUACAGCUGUUAGUUCGGAGGGUGAAGCAAGCCCCGAAGAUUCGCCGACUGAAGUACCCGAGUUUAGAAGUGCACCUACCGAGAGUAAAGGAGAUACGAAGAAAGGAUGGAAGAAGAGCAAGCCGGCGAUGAAUUCACCGUGUUCGAACAAGAGUUUCGAUAUGCAGAUAGCGAAUUGGAGAAUGGAGAGUAUCGUGAGAGAAUCUGAGUCAAGUAGCGAGGACGAGUUCUUCGAUUGUCAAGCUGGGUUCAUUAUACCUCUUAUACGCGAAGAGAACUUUGGAGAUAACUCUUCAUUAGCUAAAUGGAGUUCUUUGGAUCUUCUAGCAGAAGAGGAGGACAAUACGUUCACUUCGCCAACCACGACAAAUAAGGAAGACGACACGAUAUUUUCGCCUUCGUAUCUGCAACGAAUAACCAGUGAACGUAGCAGUAAAAGAUUGCAGAUUUCUACUUCAACCAGUAUCGAUGUCUCGUGUCCGGCCUCACCACAACGUUCAUCGAAUCAACAACCGUGCAAAACAACUGUCCUUAUUAUCGUAAUGCACGCAGGAAGUGUAUUAGACGCCAACGUUGAUCUAACUGCGAAAAAAUCAGACAUCACAACUUUCAAAGGAGCCUUUGAGUCAGUCAUGAGACAACACUAUCCCACUAUGGUUGGACAUAUCGCGAUUAAGUUUGUUUCCUGUCCCUCUAUUUGUACCGAGGGUCUUGGUAUUUUAUCAAGUCUAAGCCCUUACAGUUUCGAUGUAUCCCCUUCUUCUAUGGAUGCUCCUCAAGUGACGCAUGAUACUAUUCCAAUUGGCGCCAUACCUCUACUCGCCAGUUCCACUCCUGAAUAUCAGGAGGCGGUCUCUCAAGUUAUAGCUGGUGCGAAUCAAGUGUAUCAUGAUUUUAUUAAAAGCGAAGAAGGCCGUGGGUUCACAGGGCAGAUCUGCUUUAUUGGAGAUUCAGUAGGAGCGAUUUUAACGUAUGACGCUUUGUGUAGAUCAACUCAUUCUAGACAUAAUAGCGAGAACAAUAUUUUGGAUAAUCAAAUUGUUGAGAAUAACGCUGAAGAUGGCAAACACUUGACCGCGCCUUCUCCUAGAAGGAAAUCUUCUAGUACAAGUGAUAGCUCACAUUGUAGAUUGGACUUUGAAGUAGGAGAAUUUUUCAUGUUCGGUAGUCCGCUUUCUCUAGUUCUGGCGUAUAGAAAAAUCUCUUCAAGCAGUGAAAAAACUAGCAAUAUAAAGAGACCAUUGGUGAAUCAGGUGUACAACUUAUUCCAUCCUACUGAUCCAGUAGCCGCUAGAUUAGAGCCACUGAUCUCUGCGAUGUUCUCUCAUCUUUCGCCCGUAAACGUGGCUCGAUAUCAAAGGUAUCCACUAGGGAACGGUCAGCCUUAUCAUUUGUUGGAAGCAAUUCAGACGAAUCCACAAUUAUUCACGGAUGGAUUAAAUAUUCCAAACAUGUCGGUGCCCCAUUUGAGACGAUUGUCCGAUAUAUCAAUUCAUAGUACAAUGUCUGGUAUGGUGGUUGAAAAUGUUCCUUUACAACUAGUUUCUAAUUUAACGCAAAAAUGGUGGGGCACAAAAAGGUUAGAUUAUGCGCUUUAUUGUCCAGAAGGUUUAGCCAAUUUCCCUACGAACGCUUUGCCUCACCUUUUCCACGCUAGCUACUGGGAAUCCUCUGACGUGAUUGCAUUUAUUUUACGACAAUUAGGCAGAUUUGAUCUGUCGUUACUCGCGAACGAGGAGAAAGAGUUAACUUGCUUCCGUCCAGGUCAACCUAGAGAGAAGUGGAGUAAGAAGCGUACUUCCGUUAAACUUAAGAAUUUUGCUGCCAAUCAUAGAGCAAAUGAUGUAAUCGUUGGAGGAGAAGCACCGCAAGUGUUGGUUGCUAGAUUUAUGUACAGUUAUGUAAUUGGCUCUACCGCUUUAACAGGAGAAAAAGUGGAUAUCCACAUUAUGAAGGAUGCUCCAGCCGGGGAAUGGACGUAUUUAUCCACGGAAACAACCGAUAAGAAUGGUAGAAUAACGUAUAGAAUACCCAAUGAUAAAGCGUUGGGAUAUGGUCUUUACCCAGUUAAGAUGGUUGUUAGGGGUGAUCAUACAUCCAUAGACUUUUUCUUGGCUGUGGUUCCACCGAAGACAGAGUGCGUGGUAUUUAGCAUAGAUGGUUCGUUCGCUGCGAGUAUGUCUGUUAGCGGGAAAGAUCCAAAAGUUUGGCCUGGAGCUGUCGAUGUUGUUAGGCAUUGGCAAGAAUUGGGCUAUUUAAUUAUUUAUAUUACCGCGAGGCCUGACAUGCAGCAGCAACAAGUUGUUUCCUGGUUAUCUCAGCACAACUUUCCUCACGGUUUUGUAUUCUUUGCGGAUGGUAUUUCUAGAGAUCCACUCGGUCAUAAAGCUGCUUACUUACACAAACUUGUGGAGGAACAUGGUGUAAUAGUCCAUCAUGCGUACGGCAGUAGUAAAGAUAUCAGUGUUUAUACUGCGAUCAGUCUUAAGCCAAAUCAAAUCUUCGUGAUUGGAAAUGUAUCAAAGAAACACCGCGCAUUGGCUACAGUCAUCCAGGAUGGUUAUGCUGCUCAUUUAAUUACGCUACAGGCGCACGGAGGCUCGAGACCCGCUCAGGGUAAUGCACGUAUGGUGAUUCCAAGAGGUCAGUUCGGUUUACCUGGACAAAACGCUUCUCUACGGCGACGAAGCUCUUUUAGGCUGGCGAAGCGUGCUAUAUCACAACCGACCCCGACUAAGGUGAUAUUUCCUCUGGAACGAUCAACGAGCGUCGGUCCUCCGAUUUCAUCUCAAACUGCGCCGACUGUCAGAUCCACGGCACCGGAGAAACUCUGACGAUUUGCACGCUGCCGGUCAUUCUUCGAGUCUCGGCAGUAGCUGCAUUAAUCAUCGCCCAAAUGUGAGGUUAUAAUUCGAAGAGCGAGAGAGAGAGAGAGAGAGAGAGAGAGAGAACGAGAAAGUGAAAGAGAUAGGCUAUCAAAAGAAGUCCUCGUACAUUUCGACGGAUCACACGUGCUCAACGAUCCAAAGAAGAUGAAUAUUCUACUUUGUUACUCUGCCUUUUUAUAUCCUCUCUGUAUACCUACUGUAAAUUUUAAAACGAACGUCGCAUCAAGACGUUCAAUCUUCGUUGUAAUUGUAUAAAGCGUGAAAAAAAAAAAAUGAAAAU